CAGGAAAACAUAUCACCUUCCACCACAAUAGAGUCCGUCAGGAAACGGCGAGCAGCCACAUUGCUCUCUUGAGUCGCAGACACACUCUCCACACAGCCCACACACUCCAGGAUGACAGUGUGCUGACACGCCGCGCCGCCACAUCAGCAGUUUGAGAGAACCUACAGUGCAAUAAUGCCCAUCCUGAAGAAGCUGCCAGGCCGAUCUAAGAGCUGCCACGAGUUCCCCAGAGUCAACGGCGAACUGAUCCUGCCUCGGCUGGAUUUGGACCUCCGGGACUUGAACGACCUUAAUGACCUAAAGGACCUAAAUGACCUGAAAGAGCUCAACAAGAACCUGAACCCCUUCGAGGACGUGGACCUCGACGAUGGCGUCAGGAACGAUGGCGACAUGGGUCUCAUCAUGGGCGAAAUGAAGGGGAGCUACCAGCUCAGGUCCAUCCGCGAUGGAGAAGAGGAGGAAAAUGAGGUCAACGCAGAGAAACACGGCGCCGGGAAUCCAAAAGGUCGACCUCUCAGGGGGACGCUGGAGCGCAUAUGUGGCGUGUCGCCUCUGAAAACGCUCGGGAAACUGGGGAAGGGCCUUCGUAUUUCUGGACGAAACGUAUGGGGGAACAAUGCGCCCCACUACAGUCCGGGCGACUCCAACACGCUACCCUCAGAGAAAGAGAAACGGAAAGGACUGCGGAGGAGCUCUGAGGGAAUAAUGACGCUGCUCCGCUUUACAGGUCGUCGCAAAGAGGAGCGCAGAGAGAGUCUCCCCUGUGGAGACCUGAGUGUCAACAGUGAGGUGGAGCCCUCCAGACGUCCCUCCUUCCUCAAGAUGGUCAGUCUGGGCAAGCUGAAGAGGGAAUCCAUGUCAGACAAGGCCUCCCAAGAGGCAGAGGAGGAAGUGGCGGAGGAGGAGCCGGCAGUCAAAGCCAGAGAGCCCUUGUCAGUGCUUGAGAUUCUCCAGUUGGUCAACCACCGAGACCUUCUUCUGGCAGACACACACAUUCAAGAGCUGGAGCGAGAGUGUGAGCUGUUGUCUCUGCUUCCAGCACCAACAACCCCAACUCAUACUCCCACCAACACUCCACCGCCACUGUCCUUCCUAUCCUCCUUGGACGACUCUCUUAGCUCCAAUGCAACACUGGAUUCCAGCAGGCGGAAGGCCAAGGAUGUGGAGCUCCUUUAUGAAGCCUUGCAAAAUGAGAUGUGGGACGUUGUGAGGGAGUCGCUCCGCCAGCCUAGUGCCGGUCCAAACCUUGGUCUUGUCGUGCUGGUCAUCCAACAGGAAGACCAUGCAGAUGCUGCCUGGGCUCUGCGAGAGGAGACCAAGCCAGAGCGAGAUCCCGAUCUAUGCCUUCAGAUUCACCCCAGCCACCGUCCCCGAAGGAUGAAGAUGAAGUGGAGGCAUGCCGUCGGGGAGGCUGCCGACUGGAGUCUACCGCAGCAGAUGGACACUCAGGCGGGUCAGUUGGCCUCAUACCUGGAACGCCUGAAAUGUCGGAUGGUCGACGACCUCGACGCGGCAAAGAGGAACGCGGUGUCCAUUUACCCGGAGGAAUUCAACGCCUUCCAGGUUUAUGUGGAAAGUUAUCACCGAGCUGUGGCAAAGAGACUUAAGACCAUCACCAGCGGCCCUCUGCAGAUAACCGACGUCUACUCCCUACUGGACUGGUUCUACAACAUCUAUAACCGAGACGUCCUAGGAACCGUCGGUGCAGUCACACACAUCAAUUACGUCUCGCUGGAACCAAUUCUGCCUCAGCACACCGUCGACAGACUGGAGCAAGACUGCAUCAGUAUUGUGAGGGACAAAGUGAAUGCAGAGCUGAUCCAGGUCCUGGAUGAAGAGGAGCGGCGCUGGGCGCAGACCCUGCACAUAGAAGAGUAUCAAAGCCAUCUAGCGCACUCCGUCAUCAAGAGGUUAAAAGUGGACUUGGACAAAUCCACGUCGGUAAACCAGUUCUUGGGGGCAAGAGUUGCUCGAUGCUGUCUCAUUGGAUUAGCAAACUUCCUCUACAGUUUCCAGAGGAAAGUAGAAAUGUUUCACGACACUCAGGCGGAAUUUGGAGACCGAGGGGACGGAUAUGUUUCCAGGACAAUAGCUUUGGUCAACUGUUGCCCUCCCCUGAGAGCCUUUGUGGAGCGCUGCAGGCAGUGUGACCCACAAGGCAGUGAGGAGUCGUCUCAGAGGGCCAACUCCUCCCUGGACAGAAUCAUCAACCAGUCUGUCAGAGUGCUGACUGACAGACUGUUUGAGCACAUCAGGCCGUUCUUUGACAAAUUGAUCAAAAGAAAAUGGCUGAACAACACGGACGCGUUCGAGGCCAUAGAAACCAGCAUCAAGCAGCAUUUUAAGAAGUUCAGGAGGAUGGAUCCACCUCCCUAUCAGACGAUGGUGGGUGAGGUUCACCGGCGGGUUCUGGUGGAGUACGUGAGAGCCAUCAUGAGGGGGCGACUGAUCUGCACAUCUUCUAAGAUGAGGAAGAGGAUGGCAUUCCGUCUUCAGGAUGAGGCCAAACAACUGAAAGGACUCUUCAAAGAUCUGGAUUCCAACGCCUCCUGGCUGGACAACAUCCUCGGCCACCUGGCUGACAUCAUCCAUCUGGAGGACACGCCCUCUAUCCAGAUGGAGGUUGCAGUUCUGGUGAAGGAGUUCCCAGAUAUACGGAAGAAACACGUCUCCACCCUGCUGAACAUCCGUGGAAUGAUGCGGCAGGCCGAGCGGCAGGAGAUCCUCAACAUCGUGAAAGACUUUGAAUGCAGCAGUGGCCUCGUCUGCCGGGACCGCGCCCUCUUUUCCGACAUCCCCAUCACCUCCGAGGUUCACUGCAUCAGCCUGGGCCUCAUCCGCCUGGCCAUGGCCAUCACUAACUGGCUGUCGGAGCACCGGCCCAGGCAAAACCGUCACACCAGCACCAGAUGUUCCCAUCCCCAAUCUGCAGAGAAUAUAGAGGAGGCAAACAUGCACUACAGAGAAGACUAGCUGUGGAGAGACGUCGCAGGCGCUCUACGCUGAGAUGUACAUGCACUUUGACUAAAACUUAUUUGUACCAAACCACGCUAGUUAAAGAAACUUGACCUCAGGUACGGCCUGUCCUGUGCGCGCUCAUUUUCCAUCUUUUGAUCAAAACUCCAGCAAGUGACUCACCAUAUCGUAUUAAGAGGCCUGAGAUAUGUACUUGCUUUGAAAUAAAUAGCAAACACAAUAGAAAGAAAGAGGUUGUUUUUAUGAAGUGGCAUGUGCUCACCACUAGAGAGCGGUAUUUCACCCAAAACUGGAGCUGGAAGAAAGGGAAAGUGAAAGAAGUUUUUGCUCUUUUUUAUGAGAAAUUGGAAUAUAUGGUGGCUUUCUGGUAGAAAACUUAGCCUUCAGGCUAACCAGUUGCCUGAAAAUUAAAAGGCACAGUGUUUGUUUUUCAAACAGCUCUUUACUUCAUACAUCCUAAUUUGGCUGCAAUAAGUCACACUGAGAAAGAGGUGAAGAGGGGCCCUGAGGAGGAAAGUUCAGUCAGAUCAGGACAGGUGAAACAGGCGGAGGAUAAGAAUGUCACUAGAGUCGCCUUGUGGUGAAGUAUUGGUGUCACUGCAGUGAAUAAAUCUGCUUAUAAUAGCAUUGAAGCGCUGACUCAGCCCUGUGUUAGUACCUGUUGAACAGGGGAACAGUAUACAUAGCUCCACUGCAUUGUAGAACUUUGCUUAGGAUUUAACAACGAUGGAUAAAAUCUAAACAUCUGCACUGUAAGCAUCCCACUUCCUUUGGUUGUUGCAGCACGUUUUGUUCCUGUAUUUAACCAGCAAUAUAUACACCCAAAUAUACUGCAUAUGUAUGUGAGGAAAAAAAAUGUAUAAAAAGGUGUAAAUGUGUUGAACUUUUACUGUGAACAACUUGCUGGAAAUCCAAUAAAGACCCAUUGAUUGGGCUUUUGUGCGAAG